UCCUGGAAAAGGCUACGUUCACCUCAACUAUCGGACAUUCGAGUAUGGACUAUAAGCUGUGGCCAGUCUGUCGCUCCAGGGUGAGCUCACCAUAUCUCUAUAUCGUACAUGCAUGUCUUGGUUUAGUAGAGGCUCUGUGGUUGACAUCAUUGUGGUUCAAAAUUGGUGCCCUGACCUUGAGCUCGAGGUAGAUGGUCGCUAAGGUUAUUAUGAUGCACAUGGUUGAUGGCAAUUUGAGGCACGGGGCAGCACAGACUGCACAGUCAGGUCAGCACCUGCCAUGUUGCCACUCGGAAAUGAAGGAAGCUCCGCUGGGCGCUGGCUACAUACUUUGCGUUCAAGCCAGCCAAGUUACCUCCGCCGUAGGUAUCAGGACUCAGGAGUCGCGAAUCGUAAUCGACAGGCUUGAACGCCGCUUGAUGUCUCUGUCCUAUUUCCAUUGAGCAUUGCCACUGCUACGGCAAUAGCAUACGCACACAAAACGGUGGACUAUCUCCAGGGCAAUACUCAAGAGCCAGGCUCGUGAGCCCCGAGCAUCGUCGAAUUUUAUAGUGUGCUACUCGCCAGAGUUGCAGCCCACAUGUUCAGGAACUCAAGAUGCGCGCUCGCUCGCAUGCCGU